GAGCCAGCCUUCCUCUCCGAGGACCACUUUCGUUGUGUGCACUGGUCUGGUUCUGUGUCAGGAUGACAAAUAGUUCACUUACACGUGUCGCAGUCCAUCACACUGUGGAUAAUGUACCCCACAGAUGGACAAGGUUGAAACAGAGAAGACCUUCCCUCUCAGUAAAUCAGACAAUCCGGAGGACCAGGUCAAACCCAUGGACUGGGCCAACGAGGGCUUCCUGCCCAUAGGAGAGACCAGACUCAAACCUACACAAACUGAUGGUAAUCCUUUAGCCCACAGUGUCUUGCGUAAUUCACUGCCUGAGGACUUCUCCACUGCAGAGCUACAAGGAGUGAGCCUCUGUAAAAACAAGGCGGCCUCUGAAGAGCCCUACAGCAGAG